CGUCGAAUCUUUCUCACCUAUCAAGACCAUGGUACCAGUUACACCCUGUACGCUACACUCAGUUGAGUUCUCAUCAGCUUAUCCUUAAUUUGUCUCUCCUAUGCCCCCUCCCUCCCAUAUGGGUAUGGGUCCAGAGAAUGAGAUCAUAAAAACUCGGCCAUGCUCCACCGCUUGCGGCGGCGACUUGGAGGUGGAGGUGGAGGAGGAGCAAGACUUGUCGCCCAUCGAACAAGUCCGGCUCACUGUGACGAACACCGACGACCCCAGCCUACCCGUAUGGACCUUCCGGAUGUGGUUCCUGGGCAUCCUAUCCUGUGCCCUCCUUUCUUUCCUCAACCAAUUCUUCUUUUACCGGACGGAACCACUGAUUAUUACCCAAAUCACCGUCCAAGUAGCCGCCCUCCCCGUGGGCCACUUCUUGCACGCCGUCCUUCCUGCAGCCAGGUUCCGGCUACCUGGCUUCGGAUCCACCUCUCUCACUCUCAACCCUGGACCCUUUAACAUGAAGGAGCAUGUACUCAUCUCUGUAUUUGCUAAUGCCGGAAGUGCUUUUGGCGGUGGCUCUGCCUAUGCCGUCGGUAUCGUCACCAUCGUCAAAGCUUUUUAUCGCAGGAACAUCUCGUUUCUGGCCGGUUGGCUUCUCAUCAUCACUACCCAGGUCUUGGGAUAUGGCUGGGCGGGGCUGUUGAGGAAGUUUGUGGUGGAGCCGGCGCACAUGUGGUGGCCGAGCACUCUUGUUCAGGUCUCUCUUUUCCGGGCCUUGCAUGAAAAAGAUGAGGAGCGCAUGUCAAGAGCAAAGUUCUUCCUAAUUGCCCUCGUUUGCAGCUUUUCCUGGUAUCUGGUCCCGGGGUACCUCUUCUCAACACUCACAAGCAUCUCGUGGGUCUGCUGGGCUUUCUCCAAGUCGGUUACGGCCCAGCAAAUUGGAUCAGGAAUGAGGGGUCUUGGACUUGGAGCCAUUACACUUGACUGGACUGCCGUUGCUUCCUUCUUGCUCAGCCCCCUCACAUGCCCUUUCUUUGCCAUUGUCAAUGUUUUCAUCGGCUAUGCUUUGAUCAUCUACAUUGUGACACCCAUGGCCUACUGGGGCCUAGAUUUGUUUGGUGCUCAAAGGUUUCCCAUCUUCUCCUCCCACUUGUUCACAGCUCAGGGUCAGACGUACAACAUAUCAGCUAUUGUGAAUGACAAGUUUGAGAUAGAUUUAGUUCGGUAUGUGGAGCAAGGGAGGAUCCAUCUAAGCACGUUUUUUGCUCUCUUUUAUGGUUUUGGUUUUGCUACAAUCGCAGCUACUCUUACACAUGUUGGCUUCUUCUAUGGAAGGGAGAUCUGUGACCGAUUCAGGGCUUCAUACAAGGGUAAGGAGGAUAUCCAUACAAGAUUGAUGAGGAAAUACGAGGACAUACCUUCCUGGUGGUUUUAUAUGAUGCUAGGAGUGACAGUUGUGGUCUCCCUCAUCCUCUGCAUUUUCUUGAACAAUCAGGUUCAGAUGCCAUGGUGGGGACUCCUAUUUGCUUGCCUUAUCGCCCUUAUCUUCACACUUCCAGUUAGCAUCAUAACUGCUACAACAAAUCAGACACCAGGGCUGAACAUAGUCACCGAGUAUGUUAUGGGCAUCAUAUAUCCAGGAAGACCAAUAGCUAACGUAUGCUUCAAAACCUAUGGUUGUAUGAGCAUGGCUCAGGCUGUCUCUUUCCUCAGUGAUUUCAAGCUGGGACAUUACAUGAAGAUCCCUCCAAGAUCAAUGUUCUUGGUUCAGUUCAUAGGAACCAUUAUUGCCGGUACUAUAAACAUCGCGGUGGCAUGGUGGCUGCUCAACUCUGUUAAGAACAUAUGUCAGGACACUUUGCUUCCACCCGACAGUCCUUGGACGUGCCCUGGUGAUCGGGUCUUCUUUGAUGCAUCUGUUAUAUGGGGUCUGGUAGGGCCUCAACGGAUUUUUGGAAGACUGGGAAACUACGGUGCUAUGAAUUGGUUUUUUCUUGGUGGUGCUGUGGGACCAAUUAUAGUUUGGCUUUUCCAUAAGGCAUUUCCCAACCAGAACUGGAUUCCACUUGUUAACCUUCCAGUCCUUUUGGGAGCAACAGCUUACAUGCCAGCAGCAACCCCAUUAAAUUACAAUGCCUGGGUCAUAGUCGGAACAAUUUUCAAUUUUUUCAUUUUCCGUUACCGGAAACACUGGUGGCAGAGGUACAAUUAUAUACUCUCAGCAGCUCUUGAUGCAGGGGUGGCUUUCACGGCUGUAUUGCUGUAUUUCUCACUUGGCAUGGAGAAUAAAGGAUUAACUUGGUGGGGUACAAAUGGCGAACAUUGUGACUUAGCAACCUGUCCAAUAGCCAAGGACAUAGUCGUAGACAGUUGCCCAGUGGAAUGAUGAAAUGAUUGUAUGAUAUAUAUUCCCCAGUUCAAAAUUUGCACAGGACAAGGAAGCAAGUAUGUGACGGCUGGAAAAAAGGGCACUGCAUUAGAGUGGUGUGUAUUUCAUAUGAAUUUCACCACAAAUGGGAUUUAGGCUUCUCGUCGUUCCAGUCAUGAAUGCUGCCACAAAUGACUGUUUGUGGGUAAGUCUUCAAGUGAAACUGCUUAAAGCUUAGACUACUCUAAGCUUGCUUAUUUAAUUAAAUUAAUAUGUUAAACUUCAAAAUGCUUGA